CAUUAAAAAAUUGAACAAUGUUGAUUUAGUCAAUGGUUUAGACUUUAGAAUUUAGAUUUUUGAAAUUGCUCUUGUGAGUUCCUUCCUCUUACAUUCCAAGUAGCUUCCUGUUUAGAGAGUUGUCUGAUUUUGACAUAUUGGUCUCAAUUGUAAGUUGAUUCUUGAAUCCUUCAAAUUUAGUUAAGCUGUUUGGUGGAGUCUCUAAUAAGCUGAAUAAACAUAUUUUUAAGUUCUGAUACAUCCCUUUGUGAUUUAGUUAAGCUUACCAAGUGAUUUAAGUUCUGAUACAUUAAGUUACUGCAGACCCUUAGUUUUGGUCGGUAAGGUGUUGCAACAAGAGGGAACAUGACAUGUGAGUUUUACACUUGGGGUUAAAAAAAUGGUUCAUUUAGGUUUCACUAAAAUUGAGGUUGAAUCAAUUAGAAUAAAGUAGAAUGUUGUUUAAUAAUGUUAAAUCCGUGUGCUAAGUGCCAACCACCAUUUUAUAAGUCCUUACUUAGAAUAGCUUUUGAAAGAGAUUAUAUUAAAUUUGAAUGGUUAUUUCUAAGUGCUGUGAAGGCAUCAAAACAUUAUUUUAGGUGGUCCUCUCCUUGAGAGUUGAAAAGACUAGUCUUGUUUGGCGAAAAUGAAGUACAUGAUCUUGGUGUUAGAACAACUAGAAAAUUGGUUAGGUGAGCUGCUGCUCUUAAACAUUUCACCUACCAAAACUGGUUGUGGUGUCUUUAUCACUUCUAGAAAAUGCCUGGUAGGUUCAAGUUUCUUCCUACAGGAUUAGUUGGGGGUAGGGAUGCUAAAACAAAAUUCACACUGAUUUUCUAGCGGUGUUCUUUGAAGUUUUCCAGAUUCAGGCAACCAACAGAGAACACAUUGUGAGACAGAAGAAAAAUGGCCUCAAUGCAGUAUUUUGAGGAGCCUGUGCCCCAAGUGGAUUCAUUUGAAGACAAAUCAUCUCUGGAAAUGUGGAAAUGUGGCGGUGAUGAUGCUAUUGAAGAUUCUGAUAAAAAUGGCUCUGGUGGCUUUGAUUGCAACAUCUGCUUAGACUGUGUGCAAGAUCCAGUGGUUACUCUGUGUGGUCAUCUCUAUUGUUGGCCCUGCAUUUACAAAUGGCUUAAUUUCUACAGCAUCUCAUCAGACUAUGAAGAAAAGGAGGAGCCUAUAUGUCCGGUAUGCAAAUCAGAAAUCUCACAAUCAUCCCUCGUUCCACUAUACGGCCGCGAAGGCCAAACCACCUCACCUUCUAAAAGCAAGGCUCAGCAAGUAGGGAUUGCCAUACCUCCAAGACCCCUUGUUCCUUCAUGGGUGGCUGAGUUAUCAAGAUCUUCCCAACCUACUUCUCAAGCUCAUCAUCAUCCCCAUUAUCCUCACCAUCCUCAACAGUUCAACUCAAUUUCAGGAAGUUACACAUCACCAAUGCUUAACACAGGUGGUUCACAAACAGCUUAUGGAGUCAUUGGCGAGAUGAUAUAUGCAAGGGUCUUUGGAAACCAAGUAACAAACAUAUAUACAUACCCUAAUUCAUAUGAUCAUUCCAGGAUCAGUAGUAAUCCAAGGAUCAGAAGGCAUUUGAUGCAAGCUGAUAAGUCACUUAGUAGAAUCUGUUUUUUCCUCCUUUGUUGUGCAGUUUUGUGUCUUCUCUUAUUCUGACUUCUAUCCAUUUUUCCUGGGCAAUAUCAUCCCUGUAUAGAAUAUAAGUAGUAUGCGGGUUCAUCUAGAUGUAUUAUAUAAAGAGAACUUGCAUAUUUGGUGCUUGA